AUGCGCUAUAUCGACCCGGAAACGCUGUGCGCCAGAGAGAACUACUUCGUUCCUUGCAGUCUAUACACAAGCGAGCUAGAGUGGGGACGGGAGACCAAAAUGCAGCAGCAACAGCAGCAGCAGCCAGAGGCUGUUUUCAAGGAAGCUGUAGCAGCGGUGCUGGCUCAAUGGACCCUGUUGAAUCUGGCUGUUGAGCAAGGAUGGGGGGGCAGAGAGUCCUACAAAAAGCGGCAGCAGCUAUACGAAGACCUCAUAGCCGAAUUUCGCGACAACAAAAGAGUAGAUGCGGAGGACUUGGCUUGCAGCCUAUCAGAACGGCUAAGCCGCGAGUUUUCGGUUUCUGUUGAAGACGACAGCGACCUGGAGGUAGCGCAGCUGCUGGUGGAGCUGCACGAACAGACGAGCCGCGGCUGCUUCGAUUUGGCUGCGAUGGUGCAGCAGCAGCAGAAGCAGCGGGCGACAGCUGCCGCGCAAAGUCGGUGUGGGAAUGCGCCUGCAGCAGAAGGUGACUGCAGCAUGAGCGACGGCAGCGACGAGGAAGAGGCCCUGGAGAACCUCAUGUCUACAGUGGAGAUAGCGCAAAACUCAGAUGGGGGCAUCGGUACAUCCAGACUAGCUGCCGAGGCUUCGCGGACACGCUCUCGUCUAGCAGCAGCGGCAGCAGCAGCAGCAGCUCAAGGCGAAGAGGCCGCAGCAGGCGACCCCGCUGAAGCUGAUGGGGCAGCAGCUACAGCAGAAGCAGCUGAAGAAGCGGCAGCAACAAAUGCAGAAGCAGCAGCAGCAGCAGCAGCAGCAAGAGCCGCUGCAGUGGACUGGUGCUGCACGCGCAGCAAUGACCACAACAAAUGGCAGCAGAAUCUUUCUCUGCAGCUGCUGGUGAUCGAACGCUUGAAGGCUCAUUCGCUGCAUGCUUGCAAGAAAACGAAUAGCGAAUAA